AUGGCACUGACUCCGGUUGCGUCCCUUUAUCGCCGGUCUCUGAAGCUGGCGCUCGAUUGGGCUGUCCACAGACAUAUCUGGCGUGGCCAGGCCGUCUACAUCCGCUCGCUUUUUGACGCCAACAAGGAUGUCCGCGAUCCCCGCCAACAGAAGGUGCUGCUGAGAGAGACGGAGAAGCUACUCGAGACCUGGAAGCACCCGGAUCCGUAUCGGGCACCUACCGCGCCGGGUGACCAUUGGCUCACAGUAACUGCAGGUUCCAAGUACGAGAGAAACCUUCCGGCUCGUCAACUACCCUAUGCCCCCGACCAUGCGCAUGGCCAUUAA